AUGCAUAGGUCAGGGGAGAUCCCCUUGAUAUCAUCUAGAGUAAAUGCAUACCUGAGGCCCUUCAGGCAAAGGUUUGAGGUCGACUUUAGGCGCCUUGAGCUCAGACCAAUCUCCUUGAGCUUGUUCCUUGCAUCUGCAGCUCGAUCGAGUCGGUUCGUUUUGACUCGAUCGAGUUCGCGGUCGAGCUCACUGCCAGAACUUCACAGAGUGGCUCGUCUAACCCUCAAUGCAGAGAUUUGGAACUGGUCUGAAGGUGUCAAGAAGCCUUGA